GUUGUUUAGGGAGAAGAAGAAAAGAGCUGCAAGCGGAAGAAACACCGGAUUUAGCUGUUAAAUUUCGUUUUAUACGUCUAGUUUAGCUUAUCCAAUUUUUUAAACACCUUGUGACCAAUGUCCACACCGGCAAGAAGACGGCUAAUGAGAGAUUUUAAAAGGCUUCAAGAGGAUCCUCCUACCGGUGUGAGUGGAGCACCGUCGGAGAACAACAUCAUGCUUUGGAACGCUGUUAUUUUUGGACCUGUCGGAACACCAUUCGAAGACGGAACCUUUAAGCUGCUGAUAGAGUUUUCAGAGGAGUACCCAAACAAGCCCCCAACAGUUCGCUUUGUUUCCAGAAUGUUUCAUCCAAAUGUUUAUGCUGAUGGCAGUAUAUGUUUAGACAUUCUUCAGAAUCGCUGGAGCCCAACUUAUGACGUGUCGUCCAUUCUCACUUCUAUCCAGUCGUUGUUGGACGAGCCGAACCCCAACAGCCCAGCGAACAGUCAGGCCGCGCAGCUCUACCAGGAAAACAAGAGGGAGUAUGAAAAAAGAGUGACGGCCAUCGUGGAGCAGAGCUGGGUGGACAGCUGAGCUUCUUUCUCUUCCUGUUCUCUUCAUCACCCCUGUUCUAUUCAAGCUUUCUUCUUUUUACCUCAUAAAGAUGAAAACAGCGACUAUAUCAAAACUCAAGUGCCACCCUAAAAAGUCAAAACAAAAGAAAAACCAAACAUGAAUGGACAUUAACUUGCUUGCCAAUGCAUUUUAGGAAUUUUGGGGGGUAUUCAAGCUUAUCUUUGUGUUUUUAUCUUUUUAUUUUCCUUUUUUUAUUGCAUGGUGUGAGGUAAGUUAUUGCUAACAAAAUUUGUAAUAUAUCUUUGUUUGACUGAAAUUGCUAAUGCUUGAGUUUUACAAACUUUUUUUUCGGUUUCUUUAAUUUUCUGCACACAACUUGGUUGAUUUGAGAAAGAUAAAAAAAACUAAUUUGUUACAUUUUAAAAGCCUUUCAAAGCUUUAUUAUUUUUCCUCCUGUCAACCACAAAUCUAAGCUGAUGAGGAACAAUCUCUGCUCUGUUCCAGGAUCUGUUUUUUAGGACACACUGUAGGUUUGGACUCAUUCAUCACAGGCUGCAGCAGCAGCACGGAUGAAUCAUGUUGGAGUUUUUAUUAGAAGGUAGUGGAUAGUGUUGAGAUAUUAUAGAGGAAGUCAAUGGGUGAACUGGGAAUMCUCGAGUUGUCGUUUCGUUUUAAAAUCAAAGAGUCUGGAGCCUAAUUAUGGUUCAAGAACUAAACUUGGCUGGAUGCAGUGUGUCCAUUUUUAUCACUCACUGACUCUGAUUAUUCAACUGAAGCAGGUUAAAACGAGGUGGAUUUGGAAACGAGCAGAUCUGUUCAUUCUUGCAUGCUUUUCUAACCUCAAACUAAUUCUGAGACCUGUGCCAUUUUACACCUGAAAGACCCAAUUUUUAAAACAAGUCAACUAAACAGUGAAUGGGAAAAGCUGAAACAGCAUCAAGAUUGUUUUCCUGAAGGCUCAAGUUGUUUUCUUUUUGCCUGCAUUUUUUUUAUUCUUCUUGAUGCCCAAUAAACGUCCACUUGAGAAUAACUUCAUGACCUAACUCUACCCAGUUUAUGCUUAAUAAUCAGUCMUCAUGAGGCAAAAGUCUUUUCCUAAGGCUCAUAUUGUGGCUUGUGACUUCUUUCACCCUAGUAACCAGAAGGGAUGUUAUCAGAUUUUGAGAAUCAAAUGUAUACUAAAAAAUAAUAUGCUGUAUAAACAUAAUAAAACACAUUUUUCAGACUUU